AACACUUGGGGAAGGAAAUGUUCGCAGUGUGACGAUCUUGGCACGUCACUACAGUCUGGCAAAAGACGAUAUUUUUUUCUUCAAAAAUAUAUAAAAUAAAAAGAAAUGCCUUGAGAGACGAUUGGGUCAUCUCAUUUCUUCUUUCUUCGUUGACAGAUUUAAUUUAGGGCUCAUUUGAAUUCUCCUUCUUUCUCAGUUCAGCUCAGGUGGUAAUUGAAAGAUCUGGUUGAAAUCAAGCUCUGGGCUCUUUUGGGUUUUCUCGGAUCCCAAUUCUCAGAUAGAUUUGGACUAAAGAUUUGGACUUUAGCUGAUUUUAAAGAUAAUUCUUCAGAUCAUAUUUGGUAUUGGCUUCUGGAUUGGUAGUGUGGAGAUGGAUGGGCCUCGACAGAAUGAUCAUUUGGGUGUGAACAAGAUUGGGAAGAACAUCAGGAAGAGUCCUCUUCACCAGCCCAACUUCGGUGCCAAUGCUAAUGCUGCCGCUGCUGCGAGGCCUCAAGGGCAGCCUCAGGUUUAUAACAUAAGCAAGACCGACUUCAGAAGUAUGGUUCAGCAGCUGACUGGCUCUCCGUCGCGUGAGAGUCUCCCUCGCCCUCCUCCGCAGAACAGCUCACCAAAGCCUCAGAGCACGCGGUUGCAGAGGAUUAGACCACCACCCUUGACGCAGAUCAACCAGCCUGCGGUUCCGCACCCUACCAUGGCUCCUCUGCAACAUCAUCCUCACGGAUACGUUAGUGGGCCUCCACCACAACCGCGUUUGCUACAAGGCACACAACAACAUCAACAACAGCCAAUGAUGGGUCGAGGGGACCAGUUUUGGUCUAAUACAGCUGAGUCUCCCAUCUCAGGGUAUAUGCGUUACCUUCAAAGCUCACUUGGAGAUGCAGCUCCUAGUGGUAACCAGAUGCAGCCAGGUCAUGAACAUCGCCCAUAUAUACCGGCUCAAGAACAUCGCCCAUAUAUGCCACCUCAUGAACAUCGCCCUUAUAUGCAACCUCAUGAACAUCGGCCUUAUAUGCCAGCUCAGCCUCCGUCUCAACCUCAGCCUUAUAUGCCAGCUCAGGCUCAGCCACAGGCACAACCACAUAUGAUGCCUGGAUCGCAACCUCGCAUGAAUAUGCAGGGCCCACUGCCACCACCGGGGUUAGUUCCAAGCCCAGCACCUCGUAAUCUUCCCUCCCAGCCUCAGUUCAAUGGUCCUGUACCUGGCACGCCCACACUGCCCUCUCCGAGGUUUAAUCAGAUGUAUGGUGGUUUUCCCUCUCCUCGGUAUAAUGGUUUUGGACCACUAAACUCACCUACAUCCCAGUUUGCUCCACCAUCUCCUACUGGUUAUCCGAACAUGUUCUCUCCUAGAUCACCGUACCCAUUGCUAUCACCAGGAGUUCAGUACCCUCAACCACUUACCCCAAACUUCUCCUUUUCACAACUAGCUCAAUCAGAAAAUCAAGGACCCGGUGCAGGAACAGGUCCUCCUCAGCCACCUCCUUCUCCAGGGCUCAUGUACCCGUUAUCCCCAGGGUUCUUCCCAAGUCCAAGAUGGGGUAAUUACUAGGUGCUCCCUAGGUUAGUCUGUACUAUGAAUAGACGCAGCUGCAUAGAUGUGUAAAACGCAAAAAGAUGCUUUUAUAUACAUUCUUUUACUCUGUUUUUUGGUUCUUAUAGGUAAAGGGUAAAACCUUUAACUAGGAAUCUUGGGAUAAUGAUGAUUACUUUUGUUUGUUCGUCACAGAAUCUGCUUUCUUUUGCGUAAUUUGUACACAGGCUUUAAACAAAACUCUGUCAAUUUAUAUGAUUUUUGGCUGUUUUUUUA